AUGGUUGAGCCGGAACGUCUUUUUUUCUACGAAGCUCUAUUACAGCAGCUUGUAGAUGACGGUUUUGAAGAUGCUGUAGCUUUGAUUGAAUCUAAAUACAAGGUUAAACCCAACUCUAUGUUAAGGAAGGAUCAUUUAUUUGAUAUAUUUAAUAAGUGUGGAUAUUUAUCAUCCAGAGUUUUGUUGGAAUCCAAGCUAAAUGAGGAAGAAGAUGUUUUAAAAUGUGGAAAAAAUAGAGUUAGAGAGGUUUUAUCCUACACUAACGUUCCCGUUGAGAUGAACCCUGAUUUGAAUGAGGUUGCCUACAAGAUUAUGGCUGAAAUUCUAAACCAUAAGCCUUCUCGAUGUGUUGCUCAAUCACAUGAUUGUUCCCUUGUUGCAGUCGGCGGUGUAUCCGGCUCACUAAGAGUUAUCCCCUUUAUUAAUGUGUUGAAUAAGAGAGAAAAGAGGAAACCCAACACAUUAUCAACAAACACCCUCUCCGGCCAUAUUGAACAAGUUGAUGCACUUGAUUUCCAUCCUAGAAAAAAUAUUUUGGCCUCCGGAGGAAUAGAUAAUACCAUAAUUUUCCAUGAUAUUAAUACCUCAAAUGGUUUUAUAUAUUCAACUUCAGAGAUGAGUAAGGAGUGUAUGAAGUUCCAUCCGUGUGGAGACUUUUUGUUCGCUGGUACAUCGAAUUCUAUUAUUAGGUUAUACGACGUUGUUACCUCCAAGUGUUACACAUCCUCAAAAACAACUCACCAACAUAAAGGUGGUGGUAUUAAUGGUUGUGAUUUUAAUCUUCUUGGCUCACUAUUGUUUACUGCUGGCAGUGAUGGUUCAAUAUUGAUUUGGGACUCUAAAAACUUAGAAUGUAUUUAUAGCAUGGAUAGUGCGCAUAAUGAUUUGCCUGUCAUAUCAAUUAAGUGUGAUGUGAAUAACCAUUAUCUGUUAUCUUCUGGUUUAAACGGAAUAACUAAAUUAUAUGACUUAAGGAUGCUCAAAGAGGUAAUUGAUUUGCUUUUUAUUGAUUUUCCAGAUCACGAGUUAUGGUCAUGA